AUGCGAGGCCUUUCAUUCUUAUGUGCAGCUGCAACUCUCGCAGGCUGCGUUCCCGCCGUCGCAGAACGGUAUAGCGAACCUGCCGCCGGGGCGAUGGCACCUGUCAGUGUCCAUCCUGCCUCUGUGCCGGCCAUGGCUUUCCUCCCGGCCAAGGGGCCGCCGUCCGGAAUUAUUCUCGCUAACGGCUCAGGCAACAUUCAGUCUUAUCAAGUUCCUGGCGUGGGCAUGACCCUUGGUGCUGGCAAGAAGAUUCCCUUUAUUCUGAUAAACAAUGUGGCGGCAAGUGCAGCACAGGAGGCGGGUGAGAUUCCGACAUCGGAACAAACGGAAAUGAACAGGCUUUGCGCGAACACCAUGGGACCCGGGUUCGUUUAUUCUCCUGGGAAAUUCGCGCCGGAGCCUUUCAACCUCUUCCCGACUUAG